AUGCAGGGAUAUCUUAUCCACGCGAUUAACGAGUUUUGUAUUCAAUGUUUAGAAAAAGAAGAAAUAGCUGAGAGAAAUGGAAAUAAAAGAGCUUAUAAAACGCUGAGGUUACAAGGAUCUUUAAGUGAAAAUGGAAAAGGACGUGUUGAAGUGUUCUUCAAUGGACAAUGGGGAACAAUCUGUGAUGAUGGAUGGGAUUUCAAAGAUGCUAGAGUUGUUUGUCGUCAACUUGGUUAUCAAGAUGCUGUUAGAGCUCUUGAAAGAGGUCAGGUUCCUCAUGGUUCUGGACGGAUAUGGUUACGCGACGUUGGAUGCAAAGGAAUGGAGCAAAAUUUGAUAAGUUGUUCUCAUAGAGGAUGGGGAGAACAUGAUUGCAGUCAUGACGAAGACGCUGGAGUAGAAUGUGUUUCAACAGCUGAUACAACGCUGAGGUUACAAGGAUCUUUAAGUAAAAAUGGAAGAGGACGUGUCGAAGUGUUCUUCAAUGGAGAAUGGGGAACAAUCUGUGAUGAUAGAUGGGAUUUUAAAGAUGCUAGAUUUGUUUGUCGUCAACUUGGUUAUCAAGAUGCAGUUAGAGCUAUUUAUAGAGGUGAGGUUCCUGAUGGUUCUGGACGGAUAUGGUUAGACGAGGUUGAAUGCAAAGGAAUGGAGCAAAAUUUGAUAAAUUGCUUUCAUGCGGGAUGGGGAAAACACGAUUGCCGUCAUUCUGAAGACGCUGGAGUAGAAUGUGUUUUAGCAGUUCAUAUUUCACUGAGACUACGGGGACCAUUGAGUGAAAAUGGCACAGGACGUAUUGAAGUAUUUUAUGGAGGACAGUGGGGAACUAUUUGUGGUAAUAUAUGGCAUAAGGGAAAUGCUGGAGUUAUAUGUCGUCAACUGGGUUAUGGGGAUGCAGUUGCGGCCCUUUCUGGAAAUUUUGUUCCGGAUGGCUCUGGAAGAAUAUGGUUAGAUGGUGUCGAUUGUACUGGACGUGAGAAAAGUUUGAUCGAUUGUCAACAUCAAGGUCAAGGAUGGGGAUACACAAGUUAUAACUGCGAUCACUCUAAUGACGCUGGGUCUUCAGCAAAUCAACCUCAAUGCAUUUUAUCGCAUUAUAUAUAUUAUGUUGCCUUCAGGAAAGGAUUGUUGCCUUGGAUUAUAAUGAAAUCACUCAUGUUUGUUGCUGUGGUGAAGUCCACAGGAGAAUAUCUGACUUCAAAUGCUGUGGCACAGAAUACUACAAUCCCAGAAGCAAGAAAUGUUGCCGAGGAGGGAACGUUGUCACCUUUGGAGAACGUUGCCUUUAGCGUGAACUGA